UUGUUCAACAUCUAAAAUUGCCACAUUAUGUCCGUCAGUGAAGGAUCUACACACAUAUAUAAGCAAUUGACAUAACUGAAUUUAUUUUACUAUCCUUAAAUUCUAGAUGGUCUCUAAUAAUCACCUGCAUUUGAAAUCUAUGUAUGCCUUAUUAAAACAAAUUAUUCAUCUAUAUGUAAAUCACCAUCUACCAUUUGCAUAGAAUUUGUUAAUUUCAAUUAUUGCAUUAUUUUUUAUAGUAUUGAGAAACCAACGAGAAAAAAGAAAGAUAUCUAAAAAUGAAUGACACUGAUGUAUCAAAGCAAAUCCAACAAAUGGUAAGAUUCAUUCGGCAGGAAGCUGAAGAGAAGGCCAAUGAGAUCUCUGUUUCUGCUGAGGAGGAAUUUCAAAUCGAGAAAUUACAAUUAGUUGAAGCAGAGAAGAAAAAAGUCAGACAAGAGUAUGACCGAAAAACCAUGCAGGUGGAAGUCCGUAAGAAAAUUGAGUACUCGAUGCAACUAAACGCAUCCCGCAUCAAAGUUCUCCAAGCACAGGAUGAUGUGGUUAGUGGAAUGAAGGAUUCUGCUAGAAAAGCACUUCUAAAGAUUUCUGGUGAAAAAAAUAAUUACAAAAAGCUUCUCAAAGGAUUGAUUGUUCAAAGUCUGCUGCGACUGAAGGAGCCAUCAGUGUUGUUGAGGUGUAGGGAGAUGGAUCUUUCAGUAGUUAAAUCAGUUGUAGAGGAUGCAAAAAAAGAGUACAUCGAGAAAGCCAAAGUUCGUACACCUAAUAUCAACAUUGACAAUGUAUAUCUACCUCCUCCUCCAAGUGAUGCAGAUCCUCAUCGUUCGUCUUGCUCUGGAGGAGUAGUUCUAGCUUCUGAAGAUGGGAAGAUUGUAUGCGAGAACACUCUGGAUGCUCGACUCAAUGUUGUCUUCAGGCAGAAACUUCCUAAGAUACGUAAACAAAUUUUUAGUAAGAUGGGUGCAUGAGGAUUUUUCAUGGAAUUUCAAUAACUUGACUUCUACGGUGGAUGAAUAUAAUUCACUCACUUUUUCAUCUUUAUUGAAAAGUUGUAAACAUUCCUUCACCGGGAUGUGCUAGCUAGUUAGGUAUAUUAUUUUCAAGUAAAUUGUUUUAAGAUCACAGCAUCAUUGAAUAAAGAUUUUUAUACUUUUAGCAUCAUUAUUCUUCUUGUGAGAAGAAACAAAAAUUCAACAUUGUGUAACAAGAUAUCUAAUAUAUUGACAAUAAUUAAUUCUGUAGUA